AUGACGUCACCGAUGACGUCACGCCCGGCCGCCGCCUACGUCAUCUGGCCCCCCCCCGCCAUCGUCACCCUGGGGGGGCCCCGCGUGGCGCUAUUUGGACCCCCGCCCCUCCCCACCCCCACGCAAGAGGAGCCUCUGGGGGCGCCCUCGGCCCUGGGGGUGUCGCAGGUGCUGCUGGGGACCCUCCAGGUGGCCCUCGGGGGGUCCCUCCUGGUGGCCCUGAGGGACCCCCUGGGGGCCCAACUGGGGACCCCCCUGGGAACUGGGCCCGUGGCUCGGGCAGCGCUGGCUUUGGCCGUGGUGGCCUCGGUGUUGUCGUUCCUGGCCCUGGGGCUGCAGGGGCUGCUCCUCAUCUACAGCUGCAUCUCCUGCUUCCACCUCGGGCCCCCCGCGCAGCGGGUCCUGCUGGGCACCCACCUCCUGGUGAUGACGUCAUCGGCGGCGGGGGCGGGGCUUGCCGUGAUUGGCGCCGUCGCCGCCUCCCGGGCCCGCCCCAAACGGAGCCAGCCACCCGUGGUGAUUUACCAGACGGCCCUGCCCGCCGGGGGGGCGGGGCUUGCAGAGGCCACGCCCACCGGUGACUCCACCCCUCCAGAAGGACCAAUCACGGCCCAGGGGGCGUGUCUGGCUCCGCCCCCUUCAGAUAAUUGAGAAAUAAGGGGUUAAAAAUCAAUAUUUUUUAAAAAAUUGUGUAAAUUCUGAGCCCUAUUCUGUGAAUAUUUUGAUGCCAGGUCAACUAAUUAGUUGGUUAAUUAAUUUAUUAAUUAGUUGAUUCAUUUCUUAAUAUAUUAAUUUAAUAAUUUAUACAUUUAUUACCUAUUAUUAAU